UUUGUGUCAGACCAUAUCCUUCUAUAGUGUUGAUUCAUGUCUAAACCAGAACCUGCGGCUGGUUGGGAGACCUGUUACCAAUUAAGGUAAAGAGUAGCUACAGUUACAGUCAAUUUGAAUUUUUCGUCAGUGCUGUUUUUCCAAAUAUUUUUUGUGUCUGUAUUUGCAUGCCUCUCCAACCCCCACAGAAUAAUUACGUGAGAUGUCUUUUCAGUGUUCUGCACAGGUAAAUUCAGUAAAGGCUGACGUUUGUUCAUGUGUGGACGGGACUGAUCAUGGAGAGAGUUCAGAUGAUGCUGUGUCUGUUUCUGGUUUCUACACGGAUCAAGCCGAGUGUAUCAGUCCGAAACGUACCGGGUGUUUUUGUGGUGGCGCGAUCGGAGACCGAGUUGACUUUGGGAUGGUAUGACGACAAUAGCAACUGCAGUUAUAUACUGAGAGGCAGUCAUGGAGAUCAACAUAUCAAUUCAUCAGAAUAUUUAGGUGGUGUGGUGACACACACGGUUUCAUCUCUCUCUCCUGGUACCGAAUACACAUUCACUGUCUUCACUGUGUUUGAAGGAGCCCAGAGCAGUGGAGACAACUUCACUACAGUAACCAGCCCAUCGAAUGUUAAAUAUGUGCAUACAUGGCAAAGGGGAGUACGGAGCAGUGGAUAUAACGUCACAGUAGUCACUGGUGUGGCUGAUGUUGAAAGUGUCUCUGUAUUGAACUGCACUGAAAAUGAAAUAACAAUGGAAUGGAAUAAAGUGCACAACAUCAACAAUUACGUCCUGGUGAUAUUGAUUGAUAAUGUACACAAUUUCAUCAGUGGGUCUGAUCACGUUUCUGUAGUCAGACAUACGGUUUCCUCUCUCCAUCCUGGUUGGGUUCACCGCUUUAUACUCUGCGCUGUAUUAAACAGAGAAAUGAGCGAUGGAUAUCUUUUCCAUGCAGCUACAGCUCCCCAAAAUGUGGACGGUGUGACUGUACAACGUCAAAAGGAUACAAGUAUAAUGCUGAAGUUCAGCGACACAAAGCAUGUCUUGGGAAACAGACAUUUUUAUAUUCUACAAUACGGAGAAAUCGAGGCUUACAUGGGCCUACAUAAUGAUGACCGUAAUUAUGACGGUUUCAUUUAUCGUUAUGGUCCCAAUACUGAACCUUUCUUAGAGGGUUUUUUUGAUCAUUAUUAUGAAGACACGUAUACAGUAACAUCUCCUCUCCUGGAACUAAAUACAACUUCACUCUCCACUGGGUUUUGAAUGGUGUGAGAAGCCGUGGAUAUGAGUUCACUGCUGGGACCACUCCAUCAAAAGUCACCGGCCUUAACUGUGAGUAUUCGUGGAUGGGGAGUGCUAUAACGCUGCAUUGGGAUGCUCAGUUUGGAUUGAGAUCUGAAUUUGAGGUUCGGGUGAACAGAGGAAUUCCAGAACAGGUGAAUGUCACGAGAUAUCAGAUCGAUGGUGUGCCGUCAGCUGUACAGUAUGACUUCACUGUGACAUCACUUUCUGGAGACGUGAGAAGCAGUCCAGUGUCAAUCAAGUGUCAAACCAACACAUCAGGUGCGUUUUCAUUAUACUGUUUGUUACUGAUUACAGGAUGAGCCACACAGCCUGAUAUCUAAAAAACCAACACACAAGAAACCUGUGGUUAAUGGACCUUGUGGUAAGAAAUUAAAUGCAGAAAAUGAUGAUAUCAUACCUUUUUUGUUUUUCUCAUGGGUGUAAUUGCAGUAUGUGUGUUGGUUGUUCUUUUAAUAAUUGUGUUGAUUGUUUGUCUGGGAGUCUUCUGCAAGUAUAGAAGGUUUGAUCUCAAAAGGUCAGUUUUUUUAUUGGUUUUGCAAACUUUUUUCUAAUGUGAAUAAUGCAUUUCAGAAACACAGUCCAUUUGUAUUGUCGCAGAUGUUUUUUGGGAGAACGGGUGAAUGAGCGCAACGCUGCUGAUCAGCCACUGGAUCGGAUCUACUGUAUGUAAACACAGCUACUCACAACACUCCAGAAAAUCACAAUUCAAGUAUUGAAUCAGAGAGUAAAGACACCAGCGGGGAGAUCAAUCAUUAUGAAGCCCCUGAUAUGACCGUAUAAAUACUACAUUUACAUUUAGUCAUUUAUCCAAAGCGACUUACAAUGAGUUCAGGGAGCAAUAAUACAAGAGGUGCUAAUACAAAGUUACUAGUUUCAACAAAAGCUAGAACACUACCUACUAUUGUAAUACUUCUUGUAUAUUCAAUAAUUUAAAUCUACUAGUCACGUUUACUUCGGCUCAGUUGAAAGAUUUACAAAUGUCCUGAUGUUAAAAUAUUAAAAUCCUGCUCACAGUACUUACCAUUGUUGUUUUAUAAAGAGGCUUCUGCGUGAUCAAAAAAGUAGAACUACAGAAGCAUGAAGGAAAAACCCAUAAACAUUUGCCUCUCUGGUUUCCAUGUUGAAAUAUAACUCGCAUUUGACAGACACUCCUUUUGGAAGGUUUGAUACAAAGAUGAAUCUCUGUAUUUGCACAUGUGUGAAUAUGACAAGAAUAUGUAUUUUAUGUACAUAAAAACUAUAUUUCUACUGCUAUAAGUAAGAUUGCAUUGGGGUUUAAAAAAACUUAAGUUGUUGUUAUAAGUCUAGAUUUAGAAUUGCUUUAUAAAAUAGAUACAUUUUGUUUUAAAUUCACUUAUUAUUAAUAAUAUUUUGACGUUUGCUCUCUGAUAUUUACUCUAUUUUUUAUUUGCAUUGUUGUAUUUAUUGAUAUUGCUUACGAAACAUUUUCUGUUCUGCAC